UUUUAUCCGCCGGAGCGGAGUGUGUGAGGGGACACGGAGCUCCACCGACGCGUUUCGGCUUGAGGUUUUCUUCAACAUUUCAGUUUAGUUUUCUGUCUGUCGGUGAAAACAUUCCGUCAGAACUUUUCCUCUCUGUGUCUGUCUGUCUCACUGUGGGUGUGUACUGUAAUGCUGGAGUGUUUCCCACCCGCGUCAUGUCCGACCCCUCAGAUCGGCUCUGCUAUGUAGUUUGGGAUCCUUAAAUGAACUAACUGAGGAAAAACCCGAGAGUUGAAGAUUUUUUUUUUCUGUCUUUUUCAUUCUGGUCGUUUCUGUUGAUUGUUUAAAAAGCCUGAACAGCUAGCUGUUGCUAAGUUUCUUUUUUUUUCUUCUGGGAGUUAAACAGAGGGGAGUGUGGCAGCGGGAUCUCGGAGUCUGGGGCAGGAGGAGUGUGAGUGUGGGGUCGUGUGUAAUUCAUUAAUUAGUUAGGUAAUCGCUGUAAUUAGUUAAAGCUGUGGGGAGCAAUGGGCUGCACCGUGAGUCAGGAGGAUAAGGCGGCGCGCGAGCACUCCCGGGAUAUAGACCGGACCCUGCGCGAGGACGGAGAGAAAGCGGCCAAGGAGGUCAAACUACUGCUGCUCGGUGCGGGAGAGUCAGGGAAGAGUACCAUAGUGAAGCAGAUGAAGAUUAUCCAUGAGGACGGAUAUUCAGAAGAUGAGUGUAAGCAGUACAGAGCCGUGGUCUACAGCAACACCACCCAGUCCAUCAUGGCCAUCAUCAAAGCCAUGGGCAACCUCAAGAUCAACUACGAGGACCCUGCCAGAGCAGACGACGCGAAGCAGCUGUUUGCCCUGGCUGCAGGAGCGGAGGAGCAGGGUGUGUUCCCUAAUGAUCUAUUCGGCAUCGUCUCUCGCCUGUGGGCCGACGGAGGAGUGCAGAACUGCUUCGCCCGCUCCAGAGAAUAUCAGCUCAACGACUCAGCCGCUUACUACCUGAACGACCUUGAGAGAAUAGCCAAAGAGGAAUACAUCCCAACGCAGUCGGACGUGCUGAGGACCCGAGUGAAGACCACGGGCAUCGUAGAGACACACUUCACCUUCAAAGAUCUCCACUUCAAGAUGUUCGACGUCGGAGGUCAGCGUUCCGAGAGGAAGAAAUGGAUCCACUGCUUCGAGGGCGUCACCGCCAUCAUCUUCUGUGUGGCCAUGAGCGCGUACGACCUGGUGCUGGCCGAGGACGAGGAGAUGAACCGCAUGCACGAGAGCAUGAAGCUGUUCGACAGCAUCUGUAACAACAAGUGGUUCACCGAGACCUCCAUCAUCCUGUUCCUCAACAAGAAGGAUCUGUUCGAGCAGAAGAUCGAGCAUAGCCCUCUGACCAUCUGCUUCCCCGAUUACACAGGACCCAACAAGUACCCUGAGGCGUCCGAGUUCAUCCGCACCAAGUUCGAGGACCUGAACAAGAAGAAAGACACCAAGGAGAUCUACCCGCACUUCACCUGCGCCACCGACACCGAGAACAUCCAGUUCGUCUUCGACGCCGUCACCGACGUCAUCAUAAAGAACAAUCUGCGCGACUGCGGCCUCUUCUAGAGGAGCCCAGAGGUCUUUCUCAGAUUUGAACUGGAGUGAUGAGCAGGUCAAGGUGAAGGUGAUCUGACUGACUGCACUGUAACUGCUUCCUGCAUCAACCUGCUUCUGGAACAUUCCGAGUCACCGAACGCUCGGAGAAUUCACCAUCUGACUGAUCCAUCAGUGUUCUCUUCCUCUCUCUCUCUCUCUCUCACCACA